AGUUUGGCAGCCAGGUGGGGAGUCUCCGCUAAUAUCCAGAGGCAGCAGGAUCCCAGUGAGGGAAGUCAGCAGGCUGGCUUAUUCAAUGCAAAAGCAGUAAGCUGUGCAGCGCAUUCAGACCGGAGCUCUGGAGAGAAACAUGGAGGUUUUACCUAUGAGAGGCCUUCUUUAGGCUUGGGUAGGGAAUUUGGAAACCGAAGGCUAUAUGUUUCCCUUCCUCUUUUACAUUUCCUCGCAGAUUGCCUUGAGCAGAGCAAGGCGGUCUCCCUCGUAAGCGGCAGACAACAUUUUUGGGUCGAAUUGUUUCAUGGGACUUAUUCUCCUCGAUCAACUAGGACACAUCAGGCCACGGUCAAAAUCCAGCUAACACCCUCUUUCCUUUAUAAACUCAGGUAUCAACCAAUUCUUCUGCAUGUUUGUGUUACCUGUGAUUUUAAGAAGUGUGCCAGCUCUCUGGCUGGGACAGCAGGGAGAUAGAACAUCAGAAAGUAGUUUCUGAAUGUUUCUAGUUCUUACCUUUUAAUCCAGAAUCACUAAGUAUAUAAGCCAAGACAAUAACACUGGACUGCCUAAGUUGGGUUCCACCACUGAAACUCCUGGUGCCAACGCCUAUCACUGGACUGCCUUUUCCCCAGGGCACUGACUGUACACCUCUCUACCAACCUCACAACGUCCGGUCAUGCUUUUCAAGAGGAAGUUGUGCUUGUUUUCUCUGUUUGGUGGGAUUCUCUUUGUCAUGAUCACCAUUCAGAAGAACAACAUCCUGUCUAUGACUUUGAUGGAGACCCAUGCCACCUCCAGGACUGUGCCAGGGCCCGCUGUUAACCAAACAUGGGCAACACCCAGUGCCAUGGUGCUCAGUCCAGACAGGAUAUGUGAGUGCCCAUCCUGCAUAGCGGACAUGAAGGUUUCUGUAUGGUUCGCUCAGCACUAUGACCCCCAGCAGCAGCCCUUCCUCACAGACAGAGACGACAACAUGGACCCCCUGGCCCUGAAGUGGUGGCUGGCUUUGCAGCGGUCCACCGAUGAGCGUACGAUAUACGAGGUGAUCCAGAAAAUGUUCCAGGUCAUCGCUCCCCCCCCCAGGGAUGUCCAACCCAAACAAGCUCAAUGCAGGAAGUGUGCAGUGGUGGGGAACUCAGGAAACGUGCUGGGCUCUCAAUAUGGCUCCUUGAUAGACUCCCAUAACAGUGUCAUAAGAAUGAAUAAAGCCACCACAUUAGGGUUCGAGGCGGACGUGGGCAACAGAACGACACACCACUUCAUGUACCCUGAGAGUGCAGUGGACAUCGGCCCUGGGGUCCACCUCGUCCUGCUGCCCUUUAAACUCCGCGAUCUACAGUGGGUAGCCAGCGCCCUGUCGACGGGAGAGAUCAAAACGACAUACAUGAGGGUGAAAGAUCGAGUACAGGCUGACAAGGAUAAGGUAAUGGUGAUAAAUCCAGCAUUCUUUAAGUACACCCAUGACCGGUGGACAGAGCGCCAUGGCAGAUACCCAUCCACGGGCAUGCUGGCCAUAAUAUUUGCCCUGCACAUCUGCGAUGAGGUGUCGGUAUUUGGCUAUGGAGCCGAUCAACAUGGGAACUGGCAUCACUACUGGGAGGAAAACAAGUACGGCGGCGCGUUUAGGAAAACCGGAGUCCACCAUGCUGAUUUUGAGACGGAGGUUAUCCAAAAGCUUGACACAGAGGGCAAAAUUAAGCUGCACAGGAGAUGAGAAUGAGCAGGGGUGGUGUGUACAGGAUGAAGCCAUUAGAGUGUAGUGGUCUGGUGGUCAGAGACAGUCAAAUAUGUGCUCUGCUCUCUGCAACUAGUGCCUAUGAGCAACACAAACAACCAAAACCACAAACGGGAGUCCUCAAACCACAACAAAAACUUGAAUCAUGUACAUUGCCUUCAGAAACUAUUCAUACCCCUUGACUUAUUCCACAUUUUGUUGUGUUACAGCCUCAGAGAUCUACAGACAGUUGUGGGAACUUAUAUAGACAGAUGUGUUUCUUUCUAAAUCCUAAAUUGGCCACAGGUUGACUUCAAUCAAGUUGUAUUGACAUCUCAACUAUGAUCAAAAGAAAUUGGAUGCACUGGAUGCACCUGAGCUCAAUUUGGAGUUUCAUAGCAAAAUGGUGUGAAUACUUACAGUGCCUUCGGGAAGUAUUCAGUCCCCUUGACUUUUUCCACAUUUUGUUACCGCCUUAUUCAAAAAUGUAUUAUUUCCCCCUCAUCAAUCUACUCACAAUACCCCAUAAUGACAAAGCAAAUGUAUAAAAAAUGAAACUGAAAUAUUACAUUUACGUAAGUAGUCAGACCCUUUACUCAGUAUUUUGUUGAAACAACUUUGGCAUCGAUUACAGCAUUGAUUAUUCUCGGGUAUGACGCAACAAGCUUGGCACACCUUUAAUGGGGUGUUUCUCCCAUUCUUCUCUGCAGAUCCUCUCAAGCUCUGUCUUGUUGGAUGGGGAGCGUUGCUACACAGCUAUUUUAUGGUCUAUCUAGAGAUGGUCGAUCGGGAUUAAGUCCGGGCUCUGGCUGGACCACUUAAGGACAUUCAGAGACUUGUCCUAAAGCCACUCCUGCAUCUUCUUGGCUGUGUGCGUAGGGUCAUGUUCACCCCAGUCUGAGGUCCUGAGUGCUCUGGAGCAUGAUUUCAUCAACUUUGCUCUGAACUUUGCUCUGUUCAUCUUUACCUUGAUCCUGACUACUCUCCCAGUCCCUGCCACUGAAUAAAUAAAAAAAAUCGCCACAGCAUGCUUCCCGCUAGGGAAUGUGACUAGCCGGCCACUCAAGGACAUUCAGAGACUUGUCCCAAAGCCCCUCUUGCAUUGUCUUGGCUGCAUGCUUAGUGUCCUUGUCCGGUUGGAAGGUGAACUUUUGUCCCAGUAUGAGUCCCUGCCACUGAAAAACAUCCCCACAGCAUGAUGCUGCCACCACCAUGUUUCACUGUAGGGAUAGUGCCAGAUUUCUUCCAGAUGUGACGCUUGGCAUUUAGGCUAAAGAUUUCAAUCUUGGUUUCAUCAGACCAGAGAAUUUUGUUUCUCAUGGUCUGAGAGUCUUUAGGUGCUUUUUGGCAUACUCCAAGUGGGCUGUCAUAUGCCUUUUACUGAGGAGUGGCUUCCGUCUGGCCACUCUACCAUAAAGACCUGAUUGGUGGAGUGCUGCAGAGAUGGUUGUCCUUCUGGAAGGUUCUCCCAUCUCCACAGAGGAACUCUAGAGCCCUGUCAGAGUGACCAUCAGGUUCUUGGUCACCUCCCUGACCAAGGCCCUUCUGCCCCGAUUUCUCAGUUUGGCCAGACGGCCAGCUCUAUGAAGAGUCUUGGUGGUUCCAAACAUCUUUCAUUUAAGAAUGAUGGUGGUCACUGUGUUCUUGGGGACCUUCAAUGCUGUAGAUUUUUUUUGUUACCCUUCCCCAGAUCUGUGCCUCAACACAAUCCUGACUUGUUUUUGCUCUGACAUGCCCUGUCAACUGUCAGACCUUAUAUAGACAGGUGUGUGACUUUCCGAAUCAUGUCCAAUCAAUUGAAUGUACAGGUGGACAGGUGGACUCCAAUCAAGUUGUAGAAACAUCUCAAGGAUGAUCAAUGGAAACAGGAUGCACAUGAGCUCAAUUUCGAGUCUCAUAGACAAGGGGCUGAAACCUUAUAUACAUAAGUUAUCUGGUUUUUAUGUUUAAGAAAUGUGCACAAAUAUCAAAAAAACUGUUUUCACUUUGUCAUUAUGGGGUAUUGUUUGUAGAUUGGUGAGAAUUAAAAUAAAAAAUCAGGCUGUAACACCGCACAAUGUAGAAUAAGUCACGGGGUAUGAAUACUUUCUGAAGUCAAUGUAGUUCCUUCCCUGUUCUGUACAUGUCGUCAUGCUGCACUGAACUAGCCUUAUACUGAAGGAACCUUCAAGAACCCGAGGGCCUUUGACUGACGGUUAAACCACAGCCACAGAAAAAGCAUUAAGGACAAAAGCGCUGUGUUUGCGAGAGUGCAAGAAUCAUAUCUACGUAUAUUUCUCUUCUUUGUGGGGACAUAAAAGGGCAAUGUUUGUUUCACAUUAAUUCAAGCAUUUUCACUGCAAUGGAACCAUAAGGAUUGAUUUAAUAAGGAGUUUUACAGUUUAAUGUCUUUUUAGAGACUGUUUUGAGCUGCCAUUCAUAGUCAAUCUAUACCAUUAUAUUUUACAGCUUUCAUAAUCAGUUCCUGUAAUGUACACAUUUACAGUAUGUUGCCCAGUAUUAGGUUGACCCUCAUUUUAUCUAAUAACACGCGCUUUAAACUAUGGAAACUUCACUCGUGUUGUAUUCCAAAGAAUACAAAUCUUGAGCCUAAUAAUAUAAUAUAAUAGUAAUAUUUGAAGUUAUACAUAACUGCCUUAGUGUUGCUGGACCCCAGGAAGAGUACAAAAUCCAUGUGUAUGUGUCUGUGGGGUGAAUCAUGUUAAACUGUUCCCACACCACAGUUCAAAGUGAUCUCAUUAUUUGUCUACUGGUUUGCGCAAACAAAUGCCUGAGAUUAGGUAAAGAUAGCUAUGUAUGUGGUUGAUUGCUGUUACAUCUAUUUCCGAGAUGGACUUGUUGUUUUGUAUGUUCUCAAGGCUGGAAAUGAGUGGUUUGUUAUUUUUCGUAAUUAUAAAAUGAGGAUCCUUAAUAAAUACAUAUACUAAAAUACAAAUUAAUCAUUUUAAAACAGUGUGGUAUAAUUAUAUUUUAAAUAUUUUACUCUUGGACCAUGGUGUGACCCCAAAGACUUCGACAUGGAAAAACACAUUGAAAUAUAGGAAUACUGAACACUGACUUUAAAUAAACCUUACCUUAUGAAGCAAAUGUGACAUGAGCAUACUGUACGUAUUAUUUUGAGAAGUUAUCGUCCUUAUUGCUCAAUGCACUUUCAUACUUUACAUUUUAUUGUCCACAUUGACCAAUUGUAAUGCAUUUGUAUUUGAAAUCCCAAAUGUAUGUGUGUAUCUGUGUGUUAGUGAAAGAAAGUUGAAUUUGUGAGGACAUAUGGUUGAAUUUUGUUUGUGUGUGGUUGACUAUAAUCAAGCUGUGGUGUUAUUUUUGUUCAUGAAAUUUAAGGUAAUUUCCAAUUGAGCCGACAGCAUUUACCCCCUACAU